UAAUCGCAAGGGGGGCCGAUCCGCACAAUCGUCGUCGUGCUUGCUUUGACAGAAUCGUUAAAAUGGCCGAUAUGACAGAGUCACCGCCGCUCUUCGACACGAACGAAACCAAAUUGGAUCUGGAGGACGACGAUGAGGAUAUCUUUGCCUCCGCGGUGCAGGAUCAGAGCCAAUUGGAGGACACUUCGCCGUACAAUGGAAUAUCCAAGAUCCAGGCGGAAUUGCCAAAAUUGUCUUUGCGAGACAUGCCAGAUGAGAAUUCGUUCUCCACCGUGUCCAGUCCGGCUCCGGGCCCGUUGAGCUCCCCGUUGGGACCCAUGAGCUCGGAUAUCGGCGAUCUUCAUGACGUUCCAAUUAACGACAACGCGGAUACGCUAUCUACAAAUGUUAUUCAUUCACGAUCUCUGGAAGAGGUUCCUGGGGAUGCGUCUGAAGUUUUUCUGAAGAUCACGGUGACCUCGCCUCAAAAGAUUGGUGACGGAAUGGCCGCCUACGUCGCGUACAAAGUCGAGACCCAAACGAACAUGCUCAUUUUUAAGAAGAGACACUUCAGCGUAAUGAGGCGCUUUAGCGAUUUUCUAGGUCUUCACGACAAGUUGACGGAGAAAUAUCUUAGAAACGGCAGGAUAAUUCCACCAGCUCCUGAGAAAAAUGUUAUUGGAACAACAAAAAUGAAAAUGUCCGGAGAUAAAAAUCAAGAGCAGAAUUCGGGUUCUACAUCGGAUUUCAUUGAACGACGUAGAGCGGCUCUCGAGAGAUAUUUGAACAGAACGGCUACGCAUCCGGUUUUGAGUAUCGAUCCCGAUUUCAGAGAAUUUUUAGAAGCCGACAUAGAAUUGCCCAAGGCCACUAAUACGUCCGCAUUAAGUGGCAAAGGAGUAAUGCGACUUUUCAACAAAGUUGGAGAAACGGUUAACAAGAUAACGUACAAAAUGGAUGAAAGCGAUAUGUGGUUUGAAGAAAAGACGUCGCAAAUAGAUUCUCUCGAUAUUCAGUUACGCUCUUUGCAUUCCGCUGUUGAUUGUCUGACGAUUCAGAGAAAGGAAUUGGCGAAUUUCACUGGUGCCACCGCGAAAUCAAUCGCCGUUCUCGGUCACGGCGAACCGGGAGCGUCUCUCGGUCGUGCGCUCGCGCAAUUGGCCGAAACUUUGGAAAAAGUGGAGGUUAUCAGAAGAACACAAAGCAACAGUGAUCUUUAUCAAUUUGGAGAAAUGUUGAGAGAUUACGUCGCGCUUAUCGGAGCAAUUAAAGAUGUUUUCCACGAGAGGGUGAAAGUCUUUCAGAAUUGGCAGCACGCCCAGCUGAUGCUGAACAAAAAACGCGAACAGAAAGCGCGACUCGAACAGUCCGGUCGAACGGACAAGACCUCGCAAGCGGCCACCGAGGUCAUAGAAUGGGAAGCGAAGGUGAACAGAGGUCAGGAGGAGUUUGACAAUAUCUCGAAGAUGAUAAAGGAAGAAGUCGAGCGUUUCGAGUUGGUCCGGGUGCAAGAUUUUAAGAAGCAACUGAUCGAUUAUCUGGAAUCGAUGCUGCAACAUCAGAAUCAACUUAUCAAGUACUGGGAGAGCUUCCUGCCGGAAGCACGAGCGGUAGCGUAAACAUACCUCCUGUUAAAAGAAAAGAAAAAAAAACAAUAAUAACAGAUUUUAUUACGAUAAUAAGGUCUUGAGAUCUCUCGUUCUUCUUGAAUGUGAGAGAAGCAACGUCUUUUUGGGCGGUAUUCAUUGUCGUUUCUCUGAAACUUAUCCUUCUUUGCGUGCGCAUAUAUGCGAAAGACAAUCUUAAACGCAAGAUCCGAUAAUGAAUUUUACCGCCCUUUGUUUUUCAUCGGGACAUGUUGUUCGAUGAUGAUGAUGAUGAUGAUGUGGCGUAUUUGUACUGAAGAA